CUGUGAUCCGCAACACAGACCUUCUUCGUCGUUUUUUUUAACAAUCCCAAUAGAACUCGAUCGCAAAAUGCUGAAGUUGGUGGUGUUGUCGACUGUUUUGGCCGUCGUUGCGGCUCGUCCCGGUGCCCUCACAUAUUCGGCUCCAGCGUAUGCGUACGCCCCGGCCACGCUCAUUGCCAAGCCGGAGAUCUACUACCACAAGAGUAUCAUCGAGGAACCGACCGUGGCGCACGUGGGAAGCAUCAUCAAGACGAUCCCGACCGCCGUCUCGCACCAGAGCUCGACGGUGGUGCACAAUUCGGCCAAGUUCACUGAACCGAUCUAUGCGCCAGCCGUCAAGCAGACCCUCAUUUCUACUCCCAUCGCCAAGACGACGUACAUCGCGGCUCCGGCGGCCUAUGCCUACGCCGCACCGGCUUUGGCCUAUCACAGCGCCUACGGCUAUCAUCUGUAAUCCGACCGGUGACCGAAAACGAACCAACGGAGUACGAACAUUGAACUGUGACGGAUUAGAUUGCGCCAAACAUCCCCUUAUUCCCCUUUCCUGCCAGCUCCCCGUCGUCGGGGACGAGUGAUACUCCACGUGAACUGCAACUGAAUGGCCAUCCUGAACUCUACUCACGCGCGGUGAUAGAAGUGCCCGAUGAGAGCGUUCCACAAACGGCAAACGACAUUUCGAACAUUUGGCUGCUGACUGGCCACCUGUGACGUCACGAGUGAGAUCCUUCUAUUGUUCAUUUCGAUUGUUGGUGAAAGAGUAGAAGGCUCCUGGCCGGCUGGUGUGAAAUAUAGAAAUGUCUUUCCAGA